GGCUCCGGGGGUCCCAGCCAAUCCGGCCGGGAGGGACGUGUUUUUCCUGGGCUGGGACCCUCGAGUCUCAGAAGCGAGGGGUUCCCCGGACGGAGCCACAAGCACAACUGAUCCAGUGACCCGCUGACAACAGCCUGGAGCCGCCGCCUUCGUGGAUGUUGGGUAUUGAUUGCCCAAAGCCCUGCAAGGAGAGAUGGCCAACGCCACCCUUCGACCCGCGCUUCCCCAAGCAGAACCAGACCCGUAACUGCUACCAGAUCCUGGAUUACCAUCCCUGCGUCAAGAGGAUGAACCGCCGCGGGAAAAGCACACAGCCCUGCGAGUAUUACUUCUGCGUGUUCCACGCGCUGUGCCCCAUGAGCUGGGUGAGCGGACAGAAGGGCAGCGCACAGACGGGCCGGGCGAGGGUGGAUGGGCCGGCUGAGUUGAGUACGCGCCCGCUCCGCACCUUCCUCGCUCCUACCCCCCCACCCCAGGUGCAGCGCUGGACCGAGAUCAAGGACGGGACUUUCGCUGGCAAAAUCUAACGGCCUGAGGGCGGCUUCUCCGAGGGAUCAGUAUCAGUGUCAUCACCCCCGAUUCUCUCGUCUUCCGGAGAAUGGGCCCCACCACCCCAAACCCCGCCCCAUCUUUAAGCCGCAAAUAAAGCUAUGUUAUUGCUGAUA